AUGGCGCCAUCGACCCUGCUUUCAAGUUCGUUGUCCGUAGCAACCGGUAAGCUGUUGUUUAUCGACAACAUUGAAGCAGCAAAGUAAUCGACGAAGAAAAGGCACCAACUCAUUUCCUUCAUAAACCGUUCCUCAUCGUUCUGUUUUGUUGCCAUGUCCGCCAACGAGAACGACCAGGAUAAUAAUCCGGAUGUGAUACUGGAGAAGCUGUUACGGAAGGCACGUGCGAAAGAAACGCGCUGGGAUCGUAUCCGCCGUAAGCACCUGAACAAUCUGACCGUAACGUCCAAGACGGUGAAGAAGUUCAUCAACAUGGACUUUGUCGAUGAGAACCAGCUGCGGAUGCUAAUGUCCGGUGAGGGUGCAGGCAGUGCAACGAAACCAAUUCUGGAUCCGGUGCUAGUGAUGGAUAUUCGGCAUGAGAUGAUCCGCCGAAAGGAGGAAGCGCGCACCAAGUCUUCCAUCGAUCCGGUCAAAGCGUACCAGCAGGAAAAUCUGGAAAAUCACAACCGUUCGAUUGAGCUGACGCUGUGCGAAAAUGAGCUAAACAAGUUUCGCAAACAGCUCGAACAGAUGGGCGGUGCGGGACAGGGCAAGAAGACGCAGGUUAGCACCCAGAAGCGUAGCAUCCUGUACAUAAACAUACCGAAAAUUGAUAAUGGGAUGAUAUAUGAGAGUUUGGAGGAGUGUGAACGGUACACGACACACUUUUACCAGAGUGCGAUCGAGGGAACUGAGCAGCUGUUGGAGGAAAUCCAGGAUGAACCGUAUGAGGCGUUAAAAGAGGCGGCUACGAUCGAAGAGAUUGUUGAUCGUGAAGAGCAAGUGGUGGAGAAAGAUAUCAAAGAGGAUACAAUGGUGAAUUUGGUGGUAGAAUAUCCUCUGAACGGUAACCACCACGAACCGGAAGAAGAUCCUGCCGAACAGGAUGAGGAUAGCAAGAUCGUGAGGUUUGGAAACACCGAAGUCAUUACCUUCCCGGCGGACGAUUCUUCCUUUUCGCUUGGAUCGGAGUAUGAUUUUGACGAUAACGAUCUAUUCCUCGAGUCGCUAGACUCGGACGUGGACGAGUUCGAUGAGACGGAAUUCCAAUCAACCGACAGUACUGCGGAGCACUCGGGUGCGAAUGAGGAACCGGCGGGAAAUAAGCGCGACUCACUGCCGACGGACAGCAGCGAAUGCCUCACAAUAUCCCGUCUCGAUACGUCCCAAAGUGGUUCGAAGGAGGAUGACAGCAGUUCGGGCUUUAGCCGUGAAAAGUUGGCCUACAACUAUGACGACGAAGAGUCCGAACUGCUGGAGAUUGCACCGUCCGCAGAGAAGCUGUCCAAAAUGGACCCGAUCGUGGUGCGGAAGUGUGACCUAAAGGAUUACAGUGAGCUGUGCGUUACGAACUACAAACCCGACCCGGACAGCAAGGACGAUCGGGUCGAGCUGACGGAAGAAUCGCGUAAAGUGAUCAGUAACGCGCUGAAGGAGGGCUAUCUGCAGAAUCACGAUCGUGCCAUCCUGAAGCAGUACUUCUUCAAGUGGUUGCAGUACACGAUCUUGGAGAAAAUUUCCAAAGGCGCGGGCGUUACGAGUACGCGCGAGCAGAAGCUAAAGCGCAUCAAUGAUUUUAUCAGCAACAUCCGGCACAGUCGGAAGAAGGGAUCGCUGCGUGGUAGCAAACCGGGGGCGGACCCGGUCCAGCCUGCCUCAGUCAAGAAGGAGUACGAGCACCGGCUAAAGGUGCAGCAGGACAUUAUUGAGCUGCAGAAGCUAAAGCUCGAGCGCCAGGAACGUAUCAUCACCGAGCUGAAGCUGUCCAAGUUUUCCGAAGCGUCCAAAAUCUCCAAGAUGGAGAUACAAAGCGAACUGCUGAAGGCAGCCCGUACCGGGCACGUGCGGUUGCGCGCGAAAGCGAAGUGCAUACAGAUAGUGGGAAACAUUAAGGCGGACACCUCGGAGGAGGACGAAAUGCGUAAGCUGCAGGCACAGGGGUUGAUGAUACCGAAGUUCCUGGCCAAGAUGCAGCAGCGUGCGCUGGAGCGUAGCCAGCGGCAUCAGGAGGCCAAAGAGCGCCGGAUGCGGUUGGAGAAAGAUCGGGAGGAUGCGAAGCAGGCGGCCGAGGAAGCGAAACGCCAGGAGGAUGAGGAUGCCCGGAAGCGUCGCUACCGGGAGAUGCGCGAAAAGCGCAAGUUGGAAAAGCUGCAGAAGAUUAUCCGCGAGCAGGAACGGCAGGCGUGGAUUGCGAACAACCAGAUUGCGAAGGAGUUCCGGUUGUUAAAGUUGAAGCGUUUUGGAAUGCACGCGUUCAAGCUGCUGCUGGGCAUACGGCAUGAGAAUGAGCGGCGUUCGAUUGCGUACCGGAGGCGUUACUACAAGCGCAAGUACUUCCGCAAAUGGUGGUCGCACACGAACGCACUGUGGGAGAGUAAGAAAGCGCUGGCCGAUGGGUUGCACGAGUACAAACUUUACCGGUUGGCUGUACGGCACUGGAAGAUGUACAUGCACGAGCAACGCUGUAAGCUGCAGGUGGCCAUCGAUUGGUACGAGGUGCGGAUGACUGAGAAGGUGAUUUCAAUAUGGAUCGGGAAGACGAAACAAUCGCUGAUGAUACUGCAGGGCAAAAUAUCCCACGCUGCUUCACACUAUGAAUGGCAACUGAAAUGGAAAGUCUUUGAACGGUGGCAACGUUUGCACAUUAUCCUUCGCAUCGAAAAGGAAACGGAAAUGCGGCGCCAGCGUUGGCGUAUGAAGAUUUGGGAGCUGCUGCCCGACUACAAACCGAUCGAGGAAGAUAUCUAA